CGACUGUUCUGUCAACACUGGCCAAUUUGGAAGGAGAAGAAACUUUUGAAGCUACAAUGUUGGGACAAGCAGAAGAGGUGGUACAGGAGAGAAUCUGUGACGAUGAACUGAUCUUAAUCAAAAAUACGAAGGCUCGCACAUCUGCAUCGAUUAUCCUACGUGGGGCCAAUGAUUUCAUGUGUGACGAGAUGGAGCGCUCUCUACAUGACGCACUUUGCGUGGUGAAGAGAGUUUUGGAGUCAAAAUCUGUGGUUCCCGGUGGGGGUGCAGUGGAAGCCGCCCUUUCCAUAUACCUUGAGAACUACGCCACCAGCAUGGGGUCUCGGGAACAGCUUGCUAUUGCGGAGUUUGCAAGAUCUCUUCUCGUCAUUCCCAACACACUGGCGGUGAACGCUGCCCAGGACUCUACAGAUCUGGUUGCAAAGUUAAGGGCUUUUCAUAAUGAGGCUCAGGUUAACCCAGAGCGUAAAAAUCUAAAAUG